AUGGCCAGCUUGAGGCAGGGCCGACCCACCUGCAUCAGGGCAGCAUUCAGCACAGCUGGCUUCCGGAAGUGGCAGAGACACGCACGCCAUCGCCUCCAGGUCAACUACAGAAAGAAUCCCAUGGACUUCGCUGAAGGUAUCUGGAGAGAGUUUUUAGACCCUUACGAUGGCGAUUCUGAAGACGCCCCGGGUCAUUCCAACUACCGCGCCUACCUUGCCCAGCGCAUCUGUCGAUUCCUGGGCAACAGGAACCGCAGUGUGCCUUCAUAUCCACUGACGAUCACAUUUCCCGAGGUCAGCGUGGAACAGUCUCACCCACCAAUGGCUCCGGACCCCGCCGUGAGAACCACCAGCAGAGCUCCUGCCCCCUUGGAAGCGGCGGACGUGGACAUGCAGCCUGUUGGCGAAGUGAAGGCCCUCGGCCCCCAGGACGCUGGCGCGUGGGCCACCAGGCUGUCUGCAGCACCGGAGGACUGGAGGACGCCCAGGGUUGCCGGCCCCCUUGUUCCUGAAGGGCUCUGUGACAUAGGCAGACACCUGUUGGGCAAAGCCAGAGUGACCCUGCAGCCACCCAGACUUGGUAACGAGAGAGACAGGGGCCCUAAGCUGUCGCUUUCUAAGAGGAAACUGGAGCUUAUCCUUGCGGAGCCUGAAAAAAGUAAGAGAAAGAAGAGGUAA